GAUGAUAUAACCGACCAAAUGACAGUGUUCUUAGUACAUACGUAUCGUUCACUCUAUCAUCAAUGCAAUCAACCAGUUUCGGGUCGGUAUUUAAAAAAAAAACUGCGUUUCAUACUCGUCGAACGAUUUCGAAUAGUCACGAAACAAUGUGGAUGAUGUGUUCGUGAAAAAAAAAGAAAAUUGAAAAACAAGUGACUGACGUAACAGAAACGACUUGGACAGUUUCUCACACAGUCGACACACAGAUCGCGAUUAACAGUGUACAACGAAAGUUCGCUCGUGGACCAGUUUGAUCUGUAAAGUAUUAGUUGAAAGUUUCCUUUAACAGUGGACUGUUAUCGUGUUUCUAUGCUCACGGAUAUUUUAGAAUAGGAUAGUUAAAAUAGAACGAAUAUCGAUUUUGUGGCCAACAAAUUUUAAAUAACGCAAAUAAGCAGAUAACACUACCAAAAGUAAACUGAACAGUAAACGCAUCAAGCUUCUAACUUUAAACAAUCAGAGGUAAAGUGUCUGAGAUAAAGUGAAAAAUCCUAUCGUGUUUGCAGUUUGUGAAAUAUUGCACUUCGUCGAAAUUAAGCAGAAGUAAACCGAUAAAUCAGUUCGAUUAAUUUUCGAAAAAUUUCCAAGUGAAGUGAAAAUUCAAUAGAGUUCAAAGACAUGAAAGUGUUAUCGGUGGUGCUAAUUUGCACGAUAUUAUCGGCAUGUCACGGAUACCGAAUAUUAGGCGUGUUUCCAUUCAACGGAAAGAGUCACUUCAUGAUGUUCGAGCACCUGAUGAAGAGUCUGGCUAGAAAAGGCCAUCAGGUCGAUGUGAUUAGCACGUUCCCUUUGAAGAAACCGUAUCCGAAUUAUAACGACAUGAUCGUGCUGCCAGCGGAAAGACAAUUCAUGAAUAAUUUGACCUACGUCGAAAUAGACACGAUGUUUAGGGACUCGGUUGUUUCCGUCGUGGCUACUUUGGCCGGAAACCUUGUUUGCGAACAUUUGAACAAUCCACAGAUUCAAGAACUUAUAAAAAACCCGCCUAAGGAUCCAUCUUACGACGUGAUUAUCAUGGAGGUAUUUGGAGCGCAUUGUUUCGCGAUACUGGGUGACAUUUUGAAAGUACCAGUGAUAGGAGCGAGCUCCGCCGUCCUUUAUCCGUGGAUCUACGAUUUCAUCGGAAAUCCGGAAAACUUUGCGUUCGUGCCAUCUAACCUACUCUCGUAUUCACAGAAUAUGAACUUCUGGGAGAGAAUGCACAAUUUUCUGAGUAUCGUCAGCUCUAAGUGGCAAUUCAGCUCACUGUCCAGCGAACAGACAGACAUCGUGAGGAAAUACAUCAGCUCUGAUGCGCCGGACAUCAGGCAACUGGAGAAAAAGAUGUCGAUGAUAUUCGUCAACUCGCACAUAUCGAUCAAUGGGAUCAAGGACAUGACUCCCGCGUACAUCGAAGUUGGCGGAUUGCAUGUGCAAGAAGAGGGAGUGGAAUUGCCCGCGAGUCUAGAAAAAUGGAUGAACGAGAGCACGCACGGUUUCGUUUACUUCUCGUUCGGUUCGAUGGUGAAGAUCGAGUCCUUCCCAAUCAAGCACAUUAACAUCUUCUACAACUCUUUAGGAAAGAUAUCACCUGUCCGUGUUCUCAUGAAAAUUGCAAAAUCGAACGAACUUCCACCUGGUCUGCCGAAGAACGUCCACGUCUUACCAUGGAUACCGCAAGUCAAAGUUCUCAAACACAAGAACGUAAAGGCAUUCAUUACCCAUGGCGGUCUUAUGGGCACCCAGGAGGCAAUUCACUACGGCGUUCCAAUGAUCGGUAUGCCGCUGUUCGCUGAUCAAUUCAUCAAUAUCGCCAACUAUAUGCGACACAACAUCGCAAUAGAAUUAGAAUUGGAAACCCUGACCGAGGAGAAAAUGGACAACGCCUUGAAUGCUAUUUUGAACGAUCCCAAAUAUCGGAACACGGCGCAGAAACUUUCGCAAAAGUUUCGCGAUCGUCCAUUAAGCGCAGAAGACACGGCGGUUUAUUGGACCGAAUACAUCAUCAGACACGGUGAGAACGCGCUUAGAUCGCCAGCGAUGAAUUUGACAUGGUGGCAAAUAGAACUAUUGGACGUUUACGCGUUCUUUCUGAUCGCGGCGCUCGCUGUUCUUUACCUUAUAGCCACCGCAAUUCCAUUCGUGUAUAAUUUAGCUACGAAUCCCGAUUCGGGAUCGCUCAAGAAGAAAGUUUCUUAAAAAAAGUUCUUUCUUCUCUCUAAUAGUAUGUUAAUGAUUUCAAACGUUUCGUUUCAUCUCGAUGACACUUUCCAUUGAAAAGUACUUUUUUGAAUGAUCUUAUCGUGUAUGUCGCUCUUGAUAGAAGAACGAUGGAAAAAUUUGAAUAGACGUAGCGCGAAGGAAAUCCAUUUGAUUUGAUGAAGAGUCAAAAUUUCGUAGUGAAACGUUUAGCCGUGAAUUGUUAAUUGUAUCUGUAAUUUUAAUUGUAUCUGUAAUUUAUUAUUCUUUUCUUUUGCGACCUUAAAUCGAACAUUCUAUCAAAAGUUAAUUUAAUAAGAAUUUACCGACGGAAGAAAAUGAACUAAAUACUUUGGCAGUAAAGUAAUAAUUAUGUUUCUAUUGAAUAAAACUGUGUACGUAAAAUUGUUCAAACUACAAUAAAAAAGAAAAAGAAAAACGAAUAAACA